CGAAUCUAACCUCUCAAAAAUACACGAUCACAUUUCGAGGCCGUUUAAGGCGGCGUCACGUAGAAGCGACCACGUGACUUUGUUAACUCUAUCGCGGGAAUCCUCGAGUCAUCGCGUUAUCCAUUAUCAAUAUUUUUCCAAUCAGUCUGCCAACUUAUACAGACUUCGUAGAUCAAUAUGCGAUCGAUUGCGGCAACUCGUCAACCAUGGUAAAUCGUUAAAUUGAGUUUCCACGAUCGAGUCACGCGACUCGAAAAAAAAACCACGCAACCGCGCCUUAAAAACCGGAAACUUUGACUCAUCGCGACGACCUGCGCGGCCGAAGCAUUGGUCUGCAUGAGCGCGCAUACGAAUACUUCCAUUUUCCUGUGUGUUCUCUCGGCGCUCUCUCGGCCCAACGACGGAGCACGUGUUUGGCUCUCUCUCUCUGAUCGCCGGUGCCGCGCACAUCGUACCGAGUCGCCCUUUAUCCGCGCAACUGUGCUGCCUGCCUCCUUCUUCGUGCGUCUCGUCGCAUCGUGUGCUUUUUCCUCGCGCUAGUCCAGUCGAAGCUUGUUCCUCGUCACCUAGACAUCAUCAUGAAUCCCGAGAAGCUGAAGAAGCUCCAGGCUCAAGUGCGAAUUGGAGGCAAGGGUACACCCCGUCGUAAGAAGAAGGUCGUGCACACCACCAACGCCACAGAUGACAAGAAGCUCCAGAGCUGUCUGAAGAAACUGUCGGUGAACACUAUUCCCGGCAUCGAGGAGGUAAACAUGAUCAAGGAUGAUGGAACUGUCAUCCACUUCAACAACCCCAAAGCACAAGCCAGUCUGUCGGCGAAUACCUUUGCCAUCACCGGCCAUGGCGAAAACAAACAAAUCACAGAAAUGCUUCCUGGUAUUCUGAGUCAACUUGGCCCUGAAGGUCUGACCCAGCUGAAGCGGUUGGCCAGCACUGUGGCUGGUAGCGGAGUCAGCAAGGCUGCCCUUGAGGAGGAUGACGAAGUGCCUGACCUGGUGGAGAACUUCGACGAGGCUAGCAAAGAGGAGGUUGCACUGAAGAAGGAAGCUGAUGAGGCUCUUGUAGCUGAAGACAAGAAAGAGACUGCAAAAGUCACGGAGGAAUCAAAAGACGCCCCGCUGGCCAAGCAAGAAGUUUAAUAACAACAACCUGCAGAUUUUAAAAGGCGAUACGGCUCUCGGCAAUGAGCUAGGAGGUACACAGUAACACGCUAAAGGAAGGAUUCGUUAUAAUCUACAAACGAAACAAAAAAUCACAUUUAUAUUGACAUUACAAAUGUUAAACACGAUCGAGAUAGCUUAAAACAUUAUAUUAUGAAGAAUGAUGGUUAUAAUAAAAAUGCGAGAAAAGGAUUGUUGAUGGAUGGCAUUUCUACUGCAAAUAAUGUCCGUCAUGGUCUUACUCGACAUUAUAAUCAUUUAAAUACCUUUGUUGCAUAAAACAAAUUUCAUUCCCUUCAUGGCAUUUUUUUUUUUUUUUUGAUUCGCAUAUACUUGUAAAAACAUAUUCGAGGAAAGAGACAACAGAAGUCAUUAGAGGUAUAAAGUGAGCAAGAGAAAUAAGCUUGCAAAAAACAUGCGAUUUUAGUCACAAACAUAAAUUAACUAUAGAAUGUGAUAAAAAUCUGAUAACAUACUUGGCCACCUGAUCUUGUAGUAAUUAAUGUUAUAAAAGUCUAUUAGUAGUCAAAAGAAAGCAAAAAAAUAGUUAUCUAA